AAAUCGGCAAAGGGGCAAGAUUUGGUGGACAAGGCAUGUGCCAGUUUCGAACUUUUAGAGAAAGAUUAUUUCUCAUGUUCAUAUUUAGUCAAUGGAGUUAAAUUUUGGAUAAAUCAUGAGAGAAGAAUUAGUAAACAGAUAAAAAAUUUCGUCUGGAACUUCAAGUUUGAAGUGAAGUUUUACCCAAGUGACCCUAACAUUAUGUCCGAGGAUUUGACCAGGUACCAGCUGUUUUUGCAAGUUAGAACGGACGUCUAUAACGGACUCCUUCCAUGCAGUUUCGUGACCUACUGCUUACUUGGCUCACUAGCGGCCCAAUCAGAGUACGGGGAUUACGACCCUCAAGAGUUGGGUCAGGGGGUACAGUACCUGGCCGACUCGGCCCCUUAUGCCCCGAUUCAAUUGCAAACUGAGGAAAUGUUGGAAAAGAUAUGUGAACUUCAUAAGAAUCAUCGUGGAAUCCCGCCGGCUGAAGCAGAGUUAACUUACCUUGAAAACGCCAAACUCCUGGCCCUCUACGGUGUCGACAUGCACAAAGCCAGAGACGAGAACCACAGUGAAGUAUCAGUAGGUGUGUGCUGUCAGGGUUUGAAUGUUUACAAGGAGAAGUUGAGACUGCAUCGCUUUCCAUGGGCAAAGAUUCUUAAGAUUGCUUACAAGAGGAACUGUUUCUUCAUAAAGAUCAGGCCUGGAGAGAAAGAGAAGAAUGAACCACAGACGCUAACGUAUAAACUGACCAAUCAUACAAUGGCGAAACGAUUGUGGAAGACUGCUGUGGAGCAUCAUUCUUUCUUUAGGUUUGGUUCUUCAUUCAUUUAUUCAUUCAUUCAUUCAUUCAUUCACUCAUUCAUCAUUUAUUCUCAAUUUCGUCAUCAUCAUCAUUGUCGUCGUCGUUUUAAUGACAGGCUGAAAGAACCGGAACCUCCCAAACGAGGGAUGUUUCCGCUGUUUGGAUCGAAGUUCCGGUAUUCGGGUCGAACCCAGUUCCAAACUCGCAGCGAGUCGACGAACAUCGACCGCAAGACUCCGACCAUCGAUAGGGCGGCCAGUAGGAAAUACGCCAGAGACGUGGUGGCUAAAAAUUAUGAAACUGAAGGUGAGCCGUCGUUGGUUGCCUGGCUGGUUGGUUUUAGUUGCUAG